AGAAUACCCCAUCUUUAACAGACAUUAUAUGUUGCCUUCGUCAUGAUGGCUGCAAAAAAAAUCAUUGCAAUAUGUCAAUCUGGUGGAGAAUUUGUGACCAAUAAUGAAGGCGGUUCUUUGAGUUACACGGGAGGGAAUGCACAUGCUGUAGACAUCGAUGAAAAUACGAAUGUGGAUGCCUUUAAGCAAGAACUAACAGACACAUUUAAGUUUAACGUUGAUGGAAUGGCUAUCAAGUAUUUUCUUCCGGGGAAUAAAAAGACACUCAUCACAGUAUCCAAAGAUAAGGACCUACAACGCAUGGUUAACUUCUUCAAGGAUUCCGAGCAAGUAGAAGUCUUUGUAGUUGCAGAAGGAGUUGGUGCACCCAAUGUUUCCAAUAUGCCUGCUAGCAGCAGGACAACUAUGUCAGAGACAACACUUUCUCCUGCUACCCCUGUGGAUUUGACAAACCCUGACAGUCAGCUUGUGGUUGAUGCACCAGUGGAUACAACACCAUUAGAUAUUCUUCCGAGUAGCAAUGACGACAAGCACCGUAGGGCAGCUACACAGUGGGAAAACACUAUUACUGGUGUGGACCAAAGAUUCAGUAGUUUUACUGAACUUCGUGAAGCCUUACAUAAGUACUCAAUAGCCCAUGGAUUUACAUAUAAAUAUAAGAAGAAUGAUAGUCACAGAGUAACGGUUAAAUGCAAGUCUGAGGAUUGUCCUUGGCGUAUAUAUGCAUCAAGGUUGGCUACCACCCAGCUGAUAUGUAUUAAGAAAAUGAAUAAAAACCAUACAUGUGAAGGAGCUGCAGUGAAAGCCGGAUAUCGAGCAACAAGGGGAUGGGUGGGAAAUAUAAUUAAGGAGAAGUUGAAAUUUUCUCCCAAUUACAAGCCAAAGGAUAUCGCCACUGACAUUAAACGUGAAUAUGGCAUUCAUUUGAACUAUUCUCAGGCAUGGCGUGCAAAAGAGAUUGCAAGAGAGCAACUUCAGGGUUCUUAUAAAGAAGCAUACAGUCAGUUACCGUCAUUCUGUGAGAAAAUCAUGGAAACUAAUCCUGGUAGUCUUGCUACAUUUGCCACAAAGGAGGACUCGAGUUUUCACCGGCUAUUUGUCUCCUUUCAUGCUUCAAUAUAUGGCUUUCAACAGGGCUGCCGCCCUCUUCUUUUCCUUGAUAGCACUGUUCUCUAUGCAAAAUAUCAAGGAACCCUGUUGGCUGCUGUGGGUGUUGAUGGGAAUGAUGGUGUCUUUCCAAUAGCUUUUGCAGUUGUAGAUGAGGAGACUGAUGACAACUGGCAUUGGUUUCUUUCUGAACUUAAAUCUGCUGUCUCAACCUCUCGACCAAUAACAUUUGUUUCUGCUUUUCAGAAUGGUAUAAAUGAGUCAUUGUCUGAUAUAUUCAGCAAAGAUUGCUAUCAUGGUUAUUGUCUUCGGUACCUUGGUGAGAAAUUAUAUAAGGAUCUUCAUGGGAGGUUUUCACAUGAAGCAAGGCGUCUUUUGAUCCAAGAUUUAUAUGCUGCUGCUUAUGCUCCAAAAGUGGAGGAUUUUGAGCGCUGUGUUGAGAACAUAAAGGCCAUCUCACCUGAUGCUUACAGUUGGGUUGUACGAAGUGAUCCUGAACAUUGGGCAAAUGCCCUUUUUGGUGGGGCAAGGUAUGACCACAUGACUACUAACUUUGGACAACUUUUUCGUGAUUGGGUAUCAGAUGUGAGUGAGUUUCCAAUUACUCAGAUGGUUGAUGCCUUGCGAGGGAGGAUGAUGGAACUGAAUUAUACAAGGCGUGUUGAUUCUAGCCAGUGGCUUACAAGAUUGACACCUUCUAUGGAAGAAAAGCUUCAAGAUGAGACGUCAAAGGCAAUAUCACUUCAGGUAUUACACUCACAUGGGAGCACAUUUGAGGUCCGUGGUGAAGCUGUUGAUAUAGUUGAUAUUGAUAAUUGGGACUGCACCUGCAAAGCAUGGCAGCUUAAUGGGUUGCCUUGCUGCCAUGCUAUUGCUGUUCUCAAACGUCUGGGAAGGAGCCCAUAUGAUUAUUGCUCCACAUACUUCACAACUGAGAGCUAUCAUUUGACAUACUCAGAAUCAAUCAACCCAAUACCCCCUCUGGAAAAACCCGUGAUAGCUGAAGUAGACAUGGAAAUCAUGGUCAGCCCUCCUCCAACCAAACGUCCACCUGGCCGACCAAAGAUGAAACAACCGGAUACAGUUGAUAUACUUAAACGUCAACUUCAGUGUAGCAAGUGCAAGGGCAUGGGCCACAAUAAGAAGACAUGCGAGAAGGUAAAUAAAAUUGAUGGAUCUGAUCCGCUACUUCUUACUGGACCGGUGGUAGCUGAAGAACCUGAAGUCACUGCAUGAUAUUUGGUAUCUUCUCCUCCUUUGUAUAUAAGAAAGUCUUUCAUCAAGUUUAGAUACUAUUCUUUGAUGCCUUUUGGGAAAGAAGUGGAUGGGGUAUAUCUUUUAGGUAGACUUUUGUA